AUGAGUACUACACGUGAAACAAGAAGAAAAGCGCAAGUCAGAGAGAAUGAGAAAAAUACUGACGUUGAAAGCGCAGGAAGAUUAAGGCCACAAGCGGCCGAAGAAAGAAGCAUAAUAAACGCACAAGUGAGAGAGAAUAAGAACAAUACUCACGUUGAAUGUGCAAGGUCACAAGCGACCAAAGGCUCGACAAGUACCGAGCAAACUUCAAGCACGGAGCGGACGACAAGUACAGAGCAGACAACAAGUACAGAGCGAACAGCAAGUACAGAGCAAUCUGCGAGCACCAAGCACACGUCUAGCACCGAGCGAACAGCGAGCACGAAACCGAGCACUCAAGCAAGGAGUGCGAGAGAGAAAGCGAAUAGCACUAAUAUGCACGAAGUGAGACAGAGAGAUUCUUCAUUAGGUACGGUGGUUAACCGUGCGGUUAAUAAGAAGCCGGGCUCCCGAGCAUCUUCGUCAUCUAGCAAGAAGCGUGCCUUUCUCGAGGCGCGUCUCGAGUUGGAGAAGCGAGAGAAAGAAAAAGCAGAGGCCGCCGCGGCACUAGCCAGAACGAGAAUGGAGCUGAUAGAACUGGAAGAGCGAGACUCAAGCGACCUGAGCGACAUAGAGGGCAACGAUGACCUAGUUUCUCAGUGGGUGCACAAGUCCAUCCAGUCCAAGCCGGUCUCCGAGGCAGUACGCACGAAUCAUCAUGAAGACUACUUCGAGCCACGGAGGAAGGAGCGGCAGAGUGACGCCGCCGUCCUUGCGAGCGCUAUCGCAGACGCAAUGAAAAGCGUGACUCGAUCGGCGCCGACUACAGCGCCACGAUACAUAAACGAACUACACCGUUUCGACGGAAACCCCGGCGAAUGGAUUCCGUUCCGCGCCACAUACGAAGAUACCGAAAAAUACUUCAGCGAAUCAGAAAAUAUCGCUAGAUUAAGAAAAUCCCUGUUCGGUCAAGCACGAGACGCCGUGAAGUCACUAUUAUACACGAACGCACCGCCUCAAGAGAUACUCAAGUCAUUAGAGCGACGAUUUGGAAAGCCACUGCAUCUUAUCAAAAGUGAGAUAGCGGCGAUCAACAGAAUACCGCCUAUGACUGCCGACAUCAAGGGCAUUGGCGUGUUUGCGAGUACCGUGGCCAACAGCGUGAACACUAUCAAACAACUGAAUAGAACGGACUACCUAUACUCGAACGACGUGUCCGAGAGAAUAAUCGACAAAAUGAAUAUGAUGGUUAAAUUCCGAUGGUACGAAUACUGGUCAUUAAAUGAUCAGCAACCUAUUUUAUUGGCGCUAUCGGCAUUCUUAAAUAGAACAGCGGACCAAUUCGAAGCAUAUGAUUGCACGCCGACUACCUACAAGUCAUUUCAACCGAGGGAAGCAUUCAAAGGAAAACCACGACGUAAUAUGGUACACGCAACUCGGGAAGAAAGCGAAUACAGCGGCGACGAAUCAUCUACCUACUCAUACAGCGAGGAAGAAGAAGACAGCGAAACAGAGAUAGUAGCUACUGCCACCCACGAGACACUGAAGUGCAAACUAUGCGGAAAAGACGGGCACACGUUAAUUAAAUGCCCUCAGUACGAGAAAGCAAGCACUCAAGAAAGAUGGGAAAUAGUGAAGAGAAUCAAAGUAUGUUUCCGCUGCCUGAGACAAAAUCAUCGUAGCCCGACCUGCCGGGCCAAGCCAUGCGGCAAAGACAACUGUCCGGGACGACACCACGUGACACUGCACCGUGACAAACCGAAACCCGUCGAAAAAGAUGACGCCAACAAGAUCGUAUCCGUGAACCACAUAAGCGCGACGCGUGCAUACCUAAAGAUAGUUCCAGUGGAGAUAUCUGGACCACAGGGCACCACGAGAGUCACCGCACUGAUGGAUGAAGGAUCAACCGUAACCCUCUUGUUAAACGAAGUCGCUGAUAAAAUCAGAGCGCAAGGACCCACCGAAGAGCUAUCUAUCGAAGGAGUGGGCGGCCGCCGCAUGAAAAGCACCGAUUCAAUGCGUUUAAAAUUACGCAUAAAAGGCCAGUUCACACGCGAAUAUCACGAUAUGGACACCCUGACGAUCGGACAACUGAACCUCGCCACACAAGCCGUCUAUAAAGAAGACUUAGAAAACUGCCCACACUUGGCAUGUAUAGCGGAUCAGCUGACAUACGACCGAGAGCGGCCUAGUCUAUUAAUAGGACAGGACAACUGGCACUUAAUCGUGUCUCGCGAGUUAAAGGCAGGAAAAACGACGAAACCUGUAGCCUCACUUACCAAGCUAGGGUGGGUGCUACACGGGUGUCAUAGCCAUGAAGCGAAACCGGUCAAGUUCGUGAACCACAUACACAGUCAGAGCGAAGAAAAAAUCGAAACGUUGAUAAAGGAGCAUUUCAGUCUCGAUUCGUUAGGCAUCUCGCCUAAACGACCGGCCAGCGACCCCGAGCAACGAGCACUUAUGUUGUUAGACAAAACUACGAAACGUCUACCUGAGGGAAGGUUCGAAUGCGGGCUGCUAUGGCGCAAAGAUGACGAAAUCAUGCCAAACAACAAGGAGAGCGCACUACGCCGACUGAAAGGCAUCGAACGUAAAAUGAAAAAGGAUGAAGCAUUCAAAAUAAGCUACAAAAAACAAAUAGACAACUUACUAGCAAGCGGAUACGCCGAACCGGUCACAAGCGCACCCACUACGCCGAGAGCUUGGUAUUUACCACAUUUCGCCGUAGUACACCCACAGAAGAGCAAGAUGCGACUGGUAUUCGAUGCAGCCGACCGAUCACACGGCAAGAGCCUGAACGACGCAUUAUUAAGUGGGCCAGACUUGCUACAGUCCUUAUUUGGCGUCUUGAUACGCUUCAGAGAGGGACCUAUAGCCGUCGCAGCCGACAUAAAAGAAAUGUUCCUCAGAGUAGCCAUGCGAGAAGAGGACCGCGAUAGUCUACGCUUUUUAUGGCGCGAGAAAGAGACGGAAGAGCCACGAGAGUACCGUAUGAAAGCACUCAUAUUCGGCGCGUCAUCGUCCCCCUGCUCGGCGAUAUAUGUGAAAAAUAAGAACGCGAAAGAGUUCGAAAACACGCACCCAGAAGCCGUACGCGCCAUUGAACGAUGCCACUAUAUGGAUGACUACCUACAGAGUUUCAAAACCGAAGCGGAGGCACAAAAAACCGCUCAAGAAGUAGAUCAGAUCCACAAACACGGCGGUUUCGAGUUACGCGGCUGGGCAAGCAACCGAUCAACCGUUAUACAACAAUUACAGACGGUUAAACCCGAAGAACAGGUUAAAAUCGGUCAAGACGGACAAACAGAGAAAACACUCGGAAUGUUAUGGAACAUCGGUAAAGAUACACUUCAAUACACACUGAACUUGAGAAACACGCCCCGUGACGUCAUCGAUGGCACACGCCCGCCUACGAAGCGUCAAGUUACGAGCGCCGUCAUGUCAGUGUUCGACCCGCUAAACAUAGCCACGCCCGUCCUCAUACAAGGCAAGAAGUUAAUUCAACACUUGUGGCGUGAAGGAAUUAGCUGGGAUGAAGAGAUACCCGAACGAUACAUAGCCGACUGGAAAGAAUGGAUACAAGGCCUAGAACAGCUGCAGAGCCUUCACAUCCCUCGUUGCACAUUUUCUUGUGACGAGGGGGAGAUGCACACAUUCGUAGACGCCAGCGAAACUACAUAUGCUGCGGCUACCUACUGGAGGACGACUCAAGAUGGAAUACCUACCGUGAGACUGGUCGCCGCAAAAGCACGCGUAGCGCCACUGAAAAUAACUUCAAUACCGAGACUAGAAUUGCAAGCCGCGCUACUGGGCUGCCGACUAGCAUCCAACGUAGAGAACGAAAAUUCAGCAAAAGUCACGAGGAAAUACUAUUGGUCCGACUCACGAACAGUGUUAGCGUGGAUAAAAUCAGACCCGCGCACUUUCAAACCGUUCGUGGCACACAGACUGGCGGAAAUCGAAGAGCUAAGCAAAACCACCGAAUGGAGAUGGGUGCCGACUAACGAAAACGUAGCCGAUGACGCCACACGACGAGCGCCUCGAGAAUUCGACCCCAAUCACCGUUGGUUCAACGGCCCAGCCUUCCUGAAAAACCCACCGACUAAGUGGCCAGUGGACCGGAGCGAGCCCUCGCCCGUCCCAGCGGAAGAAAAUAAAAAGACUGUCGCAGCGAUAAAAGUCGUACAUACAGAAAUACCUAACCCACAGAGAUUCUCCAAAUGGACACGCUUACUGAGAGCCACUGCACGCCUAUUACAGUGUGUCGACGUGUUCAAGCAACUCCUGAAACGUGAAAAGGUCACCGCAAUCAAGCGCACCGUGAAAGACAUAUUACAUAACUUCGCUCAGAGCUAUAGUCAAGACCACCGCUCGAGAGUGCCAAUGGUGCAGAACCCACAAAACUGCGCCACUGACGGCACCAAUCGGUGA